CUCCUUCAGCAUCUCCUCCCCUCCUCCACCUCCCUUCCAUGGGUUGGGGAGGAGCAAAGCCGUGAUGUCAUGAAACUGGCUGGGGCAGUGAAAGGGCCUCUGAAACUUCCCAUGAAACAGUCCUAGAAAUUCUCAUCGUGCAGCCCGUGUGUUGUUCUCCUCCUGGGUCUCUAUGGUGUCCGGAGCUCAGAGUGAUGCGAAGGGUCACCUAGUCACCAUGUUCGCUAAGAAGAAGAAGCGUAUCGAGAUCUCGGCUCCCUCUAAUUUUGAGCAUCGUGUACACACUGGUUUCGAUGAACAGGAACAGAAGUUUACUGGCCUCCCACGACAAUGGCAAAGUCUGAUCGAGGAGUCAGCCAAAAGACCCAAGCCCCUAAUAGACCCAGCAUGCAUCACAGCCAUCCACCGUGGUCCACAAAAGACGAUCGUACGUGGGAACAAGCUGUCCCAAGAUGGCUCCUUGGCAUGGCUGUUGGAUGAGUUUGAGAUGAUGUCAGUGUGUCGCUCUAACUCCUUACGCAGAGAGUCUCCUCCUUGCUAUCCUAGAGAACAGCGUGCUCCUGUGGAAAAUGGUGUGAGCGACGGCCGAAUGAGACAUCCACGUGACAAUGGUGCAAGAAUGCCAGAGAGGAGCAGGACAGAGCAAGGAAGGGAUAGGCCACGGGAAGAACAGAAACCUGCUCCCCAACAACCUCGGGGACAGGAACCAAGCAUCAAAUACAGGCCUCCACCACCUGACUAUCCUAAGCCUUCAGAGAACAGAUCUGUCCGCCAUAAUGAGAGGAUGGAUGGAAAGCGAGAGCGCCACCAAGUGGCAGACACUGACUACAGUGAACCAGCGGAUAGGGUGAUAAGGAGAGAAAAAGAAGAAAGAAGGCCAAAAUCUGCUUACACUGGAGGAGGGCAGGGUAGCCCGCAGUCACCUAGGGACAAAAGACCACUCUCUGGGCCUAAUAUGCAUACCCCAAAUAACCAAUCUGCUGAGGGAAUGGGGAAGCCAACACAACAGGCCGCAAGGCCUUUUAACACUUAUCCACGUGCAGACACUGACCCGAACAGGUCAACACAGCCGAUCCAGGAUUCCCGUUCCACUGUACCACUUGACCCUAAAAACCCUGCAAACAGAGGCUCUUCUCGGCCACAGCCAGGCCAGGCCAAGCCUAAGCCUCCAGAGAAACCAUCUCAAGCCAGCCUCUCCCAGCACAGCUCUGACCCACAACUUUCUCGCCCACCACAGCAGCCGCAGCACCCUGCACAACCUCGAUCGCCACAGAGGGAGCCUCAGCGGGUGUCACAUGAGCAGUUCAGAGCAGCACUGCAGAUGGUGGUGGACCCUGGAGAUCCCAGGUCUUAUCUGGAUAACUUCAUCAAAAUUGGGGAGGGCUCCACGGGGAUUGUUUGUAUUGCAACUAUCAGGAGUUCUGGGAAACUGGUUGCUGUCAAGAAGAUGGAUCUGCGCAAGCAGCAGAGGAGGGAGCUUCUGUUUAAUGAGGUGGUGAUAAUGCGGGAUUACCAGCAUGAAAAUGUGGUGGAGAUGUACAACAGCUACUUGGUGGGGGAUGAGCUGUGGGUAGUUAUGGAGUUCCUGGAAGGGGGGGCCCUCACUGACAUUGUCACACACACCAGGAUGAAUGAAGAACAGAUAGCCACUGUUUGUGUGGCCGUACUGAAGGCUUUGUCUGUACUUCAUGCCCAAGGAGUAAUCCACCGGGACAUAAAAAGUGAUUCUAUUCUACUGACACACGAUGGACGGGUGAAGCUCUCCGAUUUUGGUUUCUGUGCCCAGGUCAACAAGGAAGUUACACGCCGAAAAUCCUUGGUAGGAACGCCCUAUUGGAUGGCCCCAGAGCUCAUCUCAAGAUUACCUUAUGGACCAGAGGUGGAUAUCUGGUCUCUGGGUAUCAUGGUGAUAGAGAUGGUUGAUGGAGAACCUCCAUAUUUCAAUGAACCUCCACUAAAGGCAAUGAAGAUGAUCAGGGACAACUUACCACCCAAACUGAAGAAUGUGCAAAAGGUAUCUCCCCUAAUCAAGGGCUUUCUUGACCGGCUUCUAGUGAGAGACCCCAGCCAGCGAGCCACUGCUAAUGAGCUUCUGAAGCAUCCCUUCUUGACCAAGGCAGGGCCUCCAUCAUGCAUUGUUCCACUGAUGAGACAGAAUCGCAUGAGAUGAACAGUAGAAAGAAGGACCUUUCUAUCCUUUGACACAGACCACCAAAGACUGACCGAAUCUGGGGGAGUAAGAAGACUGCUGUGGCACAUUCGCUUCCUGUUCAGUAUUGUACCAGGAACCCUGGAAAAAGAACUACUGACCAACACCUCUCCCAAAGCUUCCUGAAGGUCUUCAUCUCUCUGCCCCUUCCACCACCCAGGCAAGCUAGUGACUAUGGGUACAAUGUCUCUGGCUCCAAGGUGACCCCAUAAGCAUCUCACCAGCCUUAGCGUGCUCAGGUAAUUUAUUUGAUAACAAUACACAACACAGGACCUUGAGAAAAGGAGGAGUCCAGAACAUUGCUUUGGACCAGAACAUCUGUUGUAUUCAGAUGUAAUUCUCGGAAAGCACUUGGAAGGACACAGAAUGCCUCAUUUGAUACCUGGGACUUAACACUGGAAAAAUGAACAGACUUUGACUCUAGUCGGGACAACUGGAAUAUGUUGGCCUGGAGGUGACAUUAGUGUAUUUCCUGUGUGAUUACAGAUGUGUGUCACCAGCGGACAGAUUAUCUGUUUAUCAUUGUUAAGAGAGACAUUACCUAGUAAGUGCUUCAUUUAGCAAUGUUUCUAUCUAGAUUGCCCAUGUCAUCUGUCCCUGCAUAGAAAAAGUGAUGGAAAAUAUGAAACCCUUUCAGGCUCGCCCAACAACAUCAAACAACCGUGCACAGUAAUCCAAAGUACACUGACCAGAACUGACCUGACAACACUAAAAUCUGAUUGGUUGCCAUGGGAUUGCUGAGCUCUGCAUAUCAUCAGUGCUGUUUAUACGCUUUAUUAUAUAAGCCUGUACAUUUACAAAAUAUGCUUUAAGGCUAAAGACAUUGAGAAUAUUCACACAAUGUUAUGUAUGAAGGAUCUCUUCAAUUAUCCAAUCAUGAAAUAAGUUUGGAGGGGAUUAUUUUUUCCAUGAUUGAUGUGAAUCUACAUUCUGUGAACAUUCUUAAAUCAUUUAUUAAAUCGGCCUUGUUGUGUAUAGGGCAGUGAUGGUGAACCUUGGCACCCCGGAUGUUUUGGAACUACAUUUUCCAUGUUGCUCAUGUACUCUG